GAAAAAUAUCAAGGUGAAUGAAAUAUGGGGAAGAAGGAGGAAGCGCCAUUGAAGACAUUAUGAUCUUUACCUGCAAUCAACGACCCUGAUGCUUAAUCAGAUAUGGACUAUCUUGGCUUCGGAUAUGUUGUGGGAUCGUGCCCUGUUAACCUAACGGGACAAAAUGAAGCAGCUUCCAGACUCAAGUGUGGCGUGGACAAAUUCGGGAAUAGUCAGUACCUUUGUGUUCCUAACUUCAAGAAGACAGCCAUUGUUGAGUACUGUUACAAAGGCAUUGUGGGACUUCAAAUGCCAGGUUCCUGUUUGGUUGUAAAUGAUGAAGGAAUUGUAGAUGACGUCAGCUGCCGUAGCUUCACAGAGGGCUGUACAGCAACACACUUCAAGAGUUCUGAUCUUUAUAAGUAUCCAGCAUGUCAUCAAAUAAACAGAAAAGAGCAGUGUUUUUGUGCUGAUCCGAAAUGUCCCAAGAUAGAUACAGAGAUGACAACAAGAAAAAGUGCAUUUGUGGCCUCCAAUGCAACGAUGAACAACUCUGCAACAACACUUGCUUUUUCAAAUACAACAGAAAUAACAGAAACUGGUCAAAUUCCUGCAGGAGCAGUAGCGGCCAUUACUAUAGCAUCGUUUAUGACACUUGCUAUGCUUUUCUCUAUAUACAUGAUAUACUUGUAUAAGAAGAAAAAAGGAAAACGAGAUGAAGAGAGAGAAAGGGUAACUUUGUUAAAUGGGAGUGAAGAUAACCCAAAAGAUGAAGAUAAUAAUCCACUCAACUGGAAAGAUGAGCUAAUGAAAGAAAGUAAUGCAGAAGGGUCUUUGAAUGCUGUAAUACGAAUAAAAAUAAACAAAGAAAUAAGGAAACAAAAAAAGGUUGAGCAGACUCGUGAAUGGAGGAGGAGAGUCAAGGAAAUACAAAAGAGUUCUACCACAAAAGAGCAGACAGUAAAUGCUGCGACGCUCAGAAAACGCAAACAGCACGAGAAAGAACGCAUUAAAAGGGAAAAAAUUGAGAAUAGCAAGAGAAAAGAAAUGGAAAGAAAAUCUAAAUUAAAAGAACGCGAAGAAGUAAAGCAGAGGCGGAAAUCCCUAGCACAACAGAGAUGGCGCCGAAAAGAAACGCAUGAUUAG